ACCUGCCUUCCAAAAAAAAUAAAAUUGCUUGACCUGCAAACUCGCCUAAAACACGGUUGUUAGCAGAUUCAGUUAAGAAAUCACGGCAAAAGAAAUACUUCCUCCGUCCCAAAAUAACUUACGUGAAUUUUGGGACGGAGGGAGUAUAUAAUCUUGGUGAAAUCUGAGAAACAGGACAGUAAACAUGGUGAAACAGAGUCAACCCUGAGAAAUUGAGCAGCAACGGCUUCUCUCUGUCGCCAUCUUCCUCGUUUAUUCGCCUCUCUUGACAGAGAAAGGGAAGAGUGAGUGUGUGUGUGUUUGUAUGAGAGAGAGAGAGAGGGAGAGGGCAGUAGAGCGACAUGGCCGGCUCUGAUCUCGUUCCUCCAGGACUGGCGAUCGUGAUCAUGGGAGUCAGCGGCUGCGGCAAAUCGACCGUCGCGGCGAUGCUCGCCCAAGCCCUUGGCUGCAGCUUCGUCGAGGCAGACGAUUAUCACUCGCAAGCAAACAAAGCAAAGAUGAGCAAAGGUGUGCCGCUGACCGACACCGACCGGCUCCCGUGGCUGGAGUCGCUCAGUGGCGCCAUCAGGGAGCGGCUGGACUGCGGCGGCGAGGACGUCGCGGUCAGCUGCUCUGCGCUGCGGCAUGAAUACAGGGAGAUACUCCGGGAAGGGGACCGCGGCUACAAGGCAGGGUCAGGGAGCUAUGCGGCCUGCAGGGUGAAGUUUGUGUGCCUGAAGGCGUCGGCGGAGGUGAUCGCCGAGAGGGUGAGCAGGAGGGCGGAGGAAGGGGGCCACUUCAUGCCGGCGAGCCUUCUUAGGAGCCAGCUCGAGCUGCUGCAGAUCGACGAGGCCGAGGGGAUCACCGAGGUCGACUCGACGGUGAGCCCCGAUGAGAUCGUGCGUGCCACCAUUGCAAGGUUCAGGGAGGAGCUCGCGUCGACGGUGAAGUUAAACCCAGAGGAAUUGUCAGCUGCUUCUUGUUUCUGAAUCCAGUUUCAUCCAUGCACACUGGACAGGCAGCUAGCCUGACAUUGACAUUGACAUUCAGUUCACAUCAAUGAUUUUAUCUAUCAUGUACAA